UACACGCGCGAAUCGCAUCGUGUGGCCUAAAUUGUUUUGGCCAAAUGAUUUUGUUCCGGCGAGUGAAGAAGACGCAAUCAAUCUUCCACUGUUCAUGGCGGGUUCUUGCAGCUCGAUCAGGCCUCGGUUGCUCGGUUCGUCAUCGCCUAUGGAGCUUUUCAAUCGAGCCGAAGCUCCGGCGUUCUCCGCCCGGAUCUCGACUAGGAGCCGCGUCCACGGCGGAGGCGUCAUCGCUACGACAUACCGAGAGGAAGGUCCGUCGUGCAUCUACGUUGGUCCCAUUGAUUCGGCAAGCAAGGAAACCCUAGAAGCUCUCUACAGCCAAGCCAGGGAUGCAUAUUACAACGGGAAGCCUCUGAUAGUUGACGACAUGUUUGAUAGAGUAGAGCUGAAGCUUCGGUGGUAUGGUUCGAAAUCUGUCGUCAAGUACCCUCGGUGCAGUCUCUUGCGACAAUCAACAUAUGCCGAUGCAGAGGAAGAUACAUCCCAAGUUUUUGCAUUGGCAUCCAUUUGGAUCUUGAUUCUCGUAUUUGGGAGCUCAGCAUGCCUUUUGCCUGCAGUUUACGUCCUCAGCUUAGUCUAUGGAGAUCCAUUUGACUUGGGGAUUGCUUAUUCUGGCCAAUUAUAUUCCGUGCCCUUCUCUGCUAAGUUGAAUGGCAUCCUCUUCACGGUUCUAGGAUGUGCAUUUGGCUCACCCAUCGCAUCAUCUGCAGUUGGAGUACUUCAGGGGCUAUGGAGAAACGACUUAGCGGCUCUCAGAGGAGCAUGCCCUAACUGUGGGGAAGAGGUAUUUGCGUUUGUGAGGUCUGAUCAAUCGAACAGUAACGCACACAGAGCCGAUUGUCAUGUGUGUGGAUGCACCUUAGAGUUCCGUACCAAAGUUGAGAAAAACGCCUCGCCGUUGGGUAGGAAAUGGAUUUACGGCAGGAUAUACCUCGUGUCGCGGCAAAGAAGAAAUCGGCGUUCAAAGAUGAUGUAGACCCUGCAAAUACAAAACUUCUUCUCUUGCAAAAAAAGAUGCUUUCAUGAGAGUAACAUACAUCAGUCACAGGACAAACAUUUGCAACUGAGAAAAAAAGAAUGUUCAUUCAUAUGAUCCCUGCUUCUGAAGAUUGA